AUCUGGCAGCGGAAGUGUGUCGCAGUGUAUUGUGGGUAGCUUGGAGAGGGAGUGUUUCCUGCUUCUUCUCGGUCCUGUCCCAGUAGAACCAGUACAGAACCAGUGUUCCCACUGAGCCCAGUCCGCCCAGCAGACAGAGACAGAGUCCGGGCAGGAGGCCGGAAGUUCCCCCGGGACAGACGGAAGGACAGACGGAAGAUGGCGAAGACCUACGACUAUCUGUUCAAGCUGCUGCUGAUCGGUGACAGCGGCGUCGGUAAGACCUGCCUGCUGUUCCGGUUCAGCGAGGACGCCUUCAACACCACCUUCAUCUCCACCAUCGGAAUCGACUUUAAAAUCAGGACGAUCGAACUGGACGGGAAGAAAAUCAAACUUCAGAUCUGGGACACCGCUGGUCAGGAGAGGUUCAGGACCAUCACCACAGCCUAUUACAGAGGAGCCAUGGGCAUCAUGCUGGUGUAUGACAUCACCAACGAGAAGUCUUUUGAUAACAUCAGGAACUGGAUACGCAACAUUGAGGAGCAUGCGUCUUCAGACGUGGAGAGAAUGGUUCUGGGAAACAAAUGUGACAUGAACGACAAGAGACAAGUGUCCAAGGAGAGAGGAGAGAAGCUGGCAAUUGAUUACGGGAUCAAGUUUCUGGAAACUAGCGCCAAGUCGAGCAUCAACGUGGAGGAGGCCUUUUUCACCCUUGGCAGAGACAUUAUGACCAGACUCAACAGGAAGAUGAACGACAGCAACCCGUCAGGAGGAGGCGGACCCGUCAAGAUCACAGAGUCACGUUCCAAAAAGAGCUUCUUCAGGUGCUCCCUGCUGUAGCUGCUCCUCCUGCUCCUGCUCCUCCUGCUCCUGCUCCUCGUCCUGCAGGAGGACACACCUGUGGAGACAUGAGGAGUGUCUUCAUCAGAACCUUCUGGAACGUUUCUGCUUUUCUCUCAGCUCACAGCUCCUCCUCCUUCUUCUUCUUCUUCUGUUCUAAACUCUGCGUUACUGCAGCAGGUGAGGACGACACCGCAGCCACCACGAUGAUGAUGAUGAUGAUGAUGAUGAUGAUGAAGAAGAGCAGCUGGUGUGAGGCUGUGAGACGUCUCAAUCUGUUUCAUGUUUUAUCUUCAUUUAAAUUCUGCAGCAGAAAAAAAAAACGAACUCAGAGUUGAACCAAAGAAGUGACGUCUGAAGCUGCAGCUCAUCGAAACGUCAACACAUCCGUGUGUGUGUCAUACAUGUGUCAUUAUUAUGAGUGACAUCACUGACACAUUUAAUGAGACACACAAGAGCUGAUCAAUCAAUCAAUAAUCAGAAUCUAAAGUUACAUCAGUUUCAUGUUAACGACUCGUUUCUGUUCAUUAACGUGAUUUAAUUCAUGCGUCACAGUGUCAGCUCAGAUUAUUGAACAAAAACACAACUAAUAAUUUCAUCUUUUAAAUUCACUUUAAAUGUGUCAAUAUUCAAUAAUCAAUAAUUAAAUUGAUCUGAUUCUGAGCAGAGAGAAUUCAUCACAUCAUAAAUUAAUAUCAGACAAACAUGUAAACAUCCUGUUUGUAUAUAAACAUCCUGUUAAAGGGAUCAAACACAUCUGAUCAUGUUAAUAAUCAUGUUCAUUGAUUGUCUCUUCAGAGACUCCGCCCCCUUCACACCUGUACUAACACACAUCAGUGAUCUGAUCACAGGUGGACGGCUGAGACAUACUUACAGCCCUGCCCACAGUUAUGACAUCACACUUCUGUUAGCGUGCUAGCUUGUCACGUUAGCAUCGUGUUGUACAGCUGGUGAUAUCAGCAGAGUUCAACACAAGGACAAAAUAAGGGACGGUCACACAACACUUUGUCCAACUGGACAUGAAAUAAAAUGAAAAGUGGAAGUUAUCGAGCGGCAGCCGGCGUCACCAAAACAACUGCCACAUUCUGCACCGAUGACGUCGUCCUUGUCGGGGACGCGUCAGGACGGAUUAGUGGUUACAUCACAAAAUGUCCAAUGUGUCCUUUGUCUCAGAUCACAGUGCGUCUUGGUGGUUGCUGACGCUCAUAUUCAGCCCCGUCCACGUGUGAUCGGAUCACCUGACGUGUGUUGGUACUAGGUCUGACCUGUCGUGUCCUUUAAUCCUUCAUCCUGAUGCUGUGACAUCGGCUUGUUCAUGAUGUCAUGAUGUUAAACUGUGACAUCAUCAUGAGAGCCGCUCGGCUCUGAUAUUAAUGAUGUCGUGGGUUUGUGUUUAUGGUGCAGCAGAGGAUCAGGAUUAAAACAGCUGACAGGAAGUCUGACACACCUCAAACUGCGACUGACCUUCAGACGAGUCGAAGUUUCUUCCUGUGAGACAAAAAGAAGAGUUUUGUUACUGCGACAUGUUUCUGAUGUUUCAGUGAACACACAGGAAGUGAACACGUGUUGUAACCAACGCUGUGGCUCAAACGUCAACACUCCGUUCUUCAUUUCAUUCAUUUCUCCUCAUGACUCUGACGCUCCUCGUCGCUCCACAUCUGAUCUCCACAUCCCUGUCUGCAGCUCGGCCGUGAGGCGUUUAGUGUCUGCUGUGUUUCUGUGCUUUAACUGAAAUAACUGCUGCUUUUCUAUAUUUUUAUAUUUGCUCUCGUUUGUUGACAUGAAACCACUCGAGGAAAAAAAAUUAACAGAAUUUUAUUUUUUAACAUUUUUUAUUCAGCUUUUUGUUGAAAUUCUUAUUUUUGUAUGAAUCUGAAAAGUUUCAGGUGUUAAAGAGUUUUAUUCAGUUUAUAACUUUAAUCUUUUCUGCAGCGCGUCACCUCAACAUUCACUCAUUCAUCAGAAUUAUUACACUCAUUGUAUUAAUCAUUCAUCACUUCAUUACAGCUGGAUUUAAAUGAUUUAUUAACUCAAAGAAAAAUCAAUUCAUAAUUCUGCUUCCUCUGAAUUUAAAUAUAAAUAUUAAUUGUUGAGGAACAAACAAAGAACGAGGAUGAAAUAAAGAAUAAAAAGUUUGAAUUCUUCUGAACGAAGGAAUCAGAAUUAUUGAUUAUUUUAAUCACUGUUUUUGUUUGUUUUUGAGUUUGUGUUUGAAAUAUUUACAUUUUUUACAGUGUUGUUUGUUUGUUGUUCAGAUGUUGAAGGAAAAAAGGUUUUGUCCAAACUGAAAUAUCUGACGUGUUAAAACUGUUUCCUGUUUACAGACUCAGUAUUAUUAUUAUUAAUAUAGUUAUUAUCACUGUUUUUAUCUCCUGUGGAUUUUUUCAGCUGCACUUUAUGUUCUGUGUUUUUGCUUCUUCUGAUAAAAAGGUGCUUUAACUUGUCGACACGUGUCCCCCCGAUCAAUACUGAACCAAUACUGAACCAAUCAGCACUGACGGCUCAGAGGUGAUGUUCGUGUCUUUUUAAUUUCAGGUUCAUUUAUUAAUAAUUCUCUGAGGAUGUUUCCUUUAUUCUCCCUCUGAUUAAUCAAUAAGUCGAUCAAUCAAUCAGCUGUUUGUGUUCUUGUUUCAUAAAUUCAUUAAAAAUCUGAAUUCAUUAACUCAAAGUGAUGAAGGAACAAUCAGCUAAGCAAUCAAUCGGUGAGUCAAAUAAAACAAUGAAUGACAUCACUUACAUAAACAAACAGGAAGUCAAAUAAAAAAAUAAAAAGUUUGGUUUUAUCAGAAACACACACACACACACAUAUAAAUAUAUAUUUUGGGGAACACAAACAGCUGCCAGUGUUUAUAGGUGAGCAGCUGAUCAAUAGCUGAUAAUGAUCAUUUGACUGGUUGUAGUCUUAAUCAAUAACUGAUAAUUCUGAAACUGUUUAAAUUGAGUUAAAAAUGUUUUUAUUUUUCAGCACUUUGCUCUGACGCCUCUAUGCAAACACCCACCUGUGUUAUUGAGCUCUGUUUACCUGUUAUUGAUUUAUUAGUUUAUGUGUUAUUGAUGGUAUUAUUAUCGAUACCGUGGUGUCUGAUGAGAGAUGAUCAGAUGUAUUGAUAAUUGAACGGAACAGUUGGAGGAUCAGAGUCUUUUUUUCAAACCAACUCAUAAAAACUUUUCUUUAAUAAACAUUUUUAUAUUUGUGAGUUUGUUUGUUUGUUGACGAGCGACAGAAGUGAUGAAGACUCGUUUGUCUUCAUCAGACUGACGAUUAUUAAAUGUAAAACAGAUGAAGGCUCCGAUCACAGGAACCGGAUGUUUACAGGUUUUAUUCUGCCAUGAGGAAACUUUAUACGAAAUGAAAUUAUAUUUCCUCCAUGAUGACACAGAAAAUAUAAAGUCUGUAAAAACUAUAGAAAGUAAGUAAAGUUUAUAGAUGUACAGUAAAUAUAAAGUAAAUAUAUUAAGUCUAAUUAAAGUCAAUAUAUAAAGUAAAUAUAUAAAGUCAAUAUAUAAAGUCUCUGACAGCAUGUGUUUAUGAGACUAUGAAUAUUAAUAUCGAGCGGUGACGAGUUGGUUUGAUAAAAACUUUUCUGUGGGUUUCGUCUGUUUGACGAUAAAAGAAGCUCUUAAUGUGAAAUCAUGUCUGUGACAUCACUGUGGUGACCCUUGACCUCUUUAAAUCUUCAGUUUUCACAUUUGUCUUCCAUUUCCUGCUCUGUGAUGUCAUCACAAAGUCAGCUGAUUGUACAAUAAACAACUUUUUUCUA